AGGCCAGCCGCCUCUUCGAUAUAAGGAAUAUCAUCAGCAAGCAUUGGACAAAUUGACUUAAAAGACGAGGCACGUCAUCCCACAUUGAAAACGGAUCCGACCAUCGUGCCCACGCCAUACCUCCCAUGUGUCCAGAUGACCAAACAUUCUCCCUCCGCCAAGUUUGAAUUUGGGGAGAAGGUCUUCGUGAAUGGUCCGUACGAGCACAUGCCCUCUCCGAGCGACUCAGUGUGUUCGUCAGGACGAGACUCUGUGUCCUCCUCCGGCUUCUACCCACCACUCCCGCCACCUAACGACAUGUUCCACACUACAGAACACGCAAGGUAUUCCUGCCCUGGUCUCGACACGAAUCACAACCACGGCUAUACGUCUGGGCCCGAACACGGCUACCACAACAUGGCGGUCACAAGGGUUCCCCCGCUGCCUCACUCUGGCCAUCCAAUCACAACGGUCUAUUCCUCACACUGCGGUUACAAACACGACUACAUCGACAGAGCAUAUGAGGAUACGGAGCCGGCAAAUAACUUCCGACCAGCAUCGAUAAAACAAGAGCCACGUGAUACAGGCUACGAUACCAGUACCUCAUCGUGUGCAAGCUGUCCAAGAAAUACUUACAAUAUCCAUGGGAGUCCGGCCGAAGGCAUUGCGUAUCCGUACGACACCAGCCGGCUCUUCAGUCGAGAUGUGGCAAUGUCAGACAAAUGCUGUGAAAAACAAGACAAAUAUAGUAGCAAAUAUGAUGCCGCUGAUAUAAAAAAUGAACCCUAUCGUGAUAAUUACAUCGAGCGACAGUACCGUGAAGGUCCCCACCCAUCGUAUCAGCGGCGAGGCUCACUACAGCUCUGGCAGUUCCUAGUGGCCCUGCUCGACGAUCCAUCGAAUUCAUCAUUCAUUGCUUGGACUGGACGCGGCUUAGAGUUCAAACUCAUCGAGCCAGAGGAGGUGGCGCGUAGAUGGGGAAUACAGAAGAACCGACCGGCCAUGAAUUACGACAAACUGAGCCGAUCCCUGCGCUAUUAUUACGAGAAGGGCAUCAUGCAAAAAGUGGCCGGCGAACGAUACGUCUACAAGUUUGUUUGUGAUCCGGAGGCGUUGUUUUCCAUGGCGUUCCCCGACAACCACAGACCUGUCCUGAAGGUGGAACCACCUCGAGAUGACUUCUUACGCGAACACACUUCGUUAGGUAACGACCGCAGCGCUGCUCCGCCACCCAUCAGUAACCACAUGAGCCCGAACCGCCAUCCAAUGGAUUAUAGCCAGUCAAGUCAGGUGACCAACGUCCACCCGAUGGACCAGCAUAAUAUUUCGUCACAUCCGGCUUAUGUCCACCAUGAUAUGCCUCAUGUUUACAACUCAGGUUCUGCGUAUAUUGAAGGUUGUGUAUAUUAG